AUGGUCAUUGAAGUAGGGAACAUACGGGGGAUACCUAAUUACAGAAUAGAAGAUUACAGUGGUGAUAUUUCGGUAGAUGAGUUGGUAAAAAGACUAGAUGGAUACUACGAGAGGUUUCAAUUACGUCCGAGAUAUGUAGUGGGAUGCACUAAUAAACCGCUUUGUCGAGACAACACGAUAGAUGAUAUUAAGGGUAUGAAUGGAGUUACAAAGAUAAAUGCAUUUGUGAGUGUUCUAGGAGGAAAAGGGGGGUUUGGAGCCAACUUACGAGCGAACAAGGGCAGAUCAGGACGACAACCCAAACGAGAGACCAAGGAUCCAAAGACAUAUUACAAGGAUUUGAAAACGGGAGUUAAAACUAAAGAUAUUAACAAGUUGAAAAAGGCGUACGAGGCGCUCAAUGAGCAAAAUGGGCAAAUGGAUAAGGAUAAGGAAAGGCUUCAGCAAAAGAAGGAAAAGCUCCAGAAAGCUAUUGGGUAUUAUGAGAGUGUAUUGAAUGGUAAUACUGCCUCGCAAGAAAGGUUUCAGGAUACGGAGUUUCUUGAUGAACUAGAUGACGUGAUGAUGGAGGUGAGAAAUAGUGUCAAUAGUGCAUUGAAUCUGGAGUCUGAGUCUGACGACAAUUGGGAAAGUGAUUGGGAAUCAUCUGGCGAAGAACAGGAUGAACCCCAAGAAGGAUCAUCGAAAGACCUUGCAUCGGAAAAGACAAAUACGAUAAAUGCGAAACCAAAACCUAAAUUUGCAUCAUUUUUCGAUGAAGAGAAUGAAGAAGAGUAG